AACAACAAAACGCCGGUAAACUCGUGUUGUUUUGAUUUGUCGGUUACAUAUUAUUAGAUUUAAUUGAACUAAUAUGUUUUCCCUGAAUUACACAACGAGAAACUUGGUGCCUCGAUUGCACCGCUUCACUAGCAAGAUUGCCGUGGACGUGGAGCCAGCGGUGAUCUCUGCCCUGGAGCAGGCCACCCUAAAACCGAGAAAACAUCCCGGCGUGGUGAGGCCCAAUCAUGUGGAGCUGCCCAAAAAAUUGAGUGAUACUCUCAAGCGCAUCGUGGGCGACCAUCCCAUCAAGAAAUUAGUCCACGAUGGCCAGCAGCUUAACGCCUACAUCAAAUCUCGCCACCCGCCACCGACGCUGGAGGAGAUCGAAAACAAAAAGCGGAACAUCAUCGAGGAGGUAAAUUCCAAGAUGUCUCUGGAUCGCCUGGCCACGCUCGACGAGGAGGAGGCGGAGCGAUGGAAGCGCAAGCGGGAGUUGGAGAUCAACAAGCGGCUGGGCCAACGCAUCUACGCCUGGAAGCGGAUCGAGUACGGCGCCUAUGAGUCCCUCGUCUACGCAACAGCUCGUGGUGCCCAGGAGUACGCGGUGAUGAAGCGCGUCCUCACGGAGCUGGCCCAGCGGGACGAUCAGUUUCGGCCGCGCAGCUUCUUUGAUUUCGGAUCCGGCAUCGGCACUGGGAUGUGGGUGGCCAGCGAAUUGUGGCGCGACCACAUCUAUGAGUACUACAACGUGGACAGGUCCAGGGAGAUGAACGAGAUCUCCGAGCUCAUUCUGCGCGAUGGGCAGGAGAACAAGCAGAUAGCCCUGCGCAAUGUAUUCUACCGCCAGUUUCUUCCCGCCAUUGAAACCAACUACGAUUUGGUCAUUAUUUCUCAUACACUUUUUGAGUUGGCCGACAAGGAGCAGCGGGAGGAUGUUCUGCGAAAUCUGUGGCGAAAAUGCGAUGGCUACAUGGUCAUUAUGGAGGAGGGAACUCGUCGUGGCAGUGAGCUUGUCAAUGAGGCCAGACUGUUUCUGUUGGAACAGGAUCAAGAAGGUCACACUGUGGCACCGUGUCCACACGAUAUGAUCUGUCCACGUCUAAGAGAUCUAGCUGAUCGAACGCCCUGCAAUUUUCCUGUUUCCUACGCACCCCUGCGCUUGGGUAGCGACUCUUUGGCGGACCGCCACACCUCCCUCUACAGCUAUGCCAUUCUGAAGAAGGGCCCCCAAGCCGACAGCUCCAGUUCCUGGCCGCGGGUUGUGCGUCCCACGUUGGUUAGGUCAAAGCAUGCCAUCUGCCGGGUCUGCACUGAAGGGGGCAAUCUCCAAGAGGUCAUCUUUACAAAGUCCAAGCAUGGAAAGUCUGCGUAUUCUUGUGCAAAAGUCAGUCGUUGGGGUGACCGCUUGCCCAUGUCGCUGGGACAGCCUCAGGUCAAUACCAAAUCCACGGAAUCAUCCACCACAGAACAACCUGUCUUGGCGUAGUUAAAACUGUUAAAUAAAUAUACUAGGCAUAAA